GGCUUCCCCCAACCCUUCGAAUAGAUUGUACUAAACUGCGCGCUUUACAGGUCAGGUACCGGUACGAGCCACCACUGGGGGUUCGGAGAUUUGCCAUCAAAGAUGUCAAAUCUGAAAGAUCUCGAAUUGAACGAUCCGUUCUGGCAUGGUGGGAAUGAGGACGCCGAGCCGUCUGCUCCGUUUGGAGCUUCUUUCUGGGGCACGAAUCGGUCUACGACGUCGUUCAAUGGCACCCUGAGGGGUGGCUUCGUCACGCAGGAUCAGUAUAUGCAGCUGGUAGCUGAAAUUGUCGAGCUUAAGCGCAUUGUCCUUCUUCAGACCGACAGAAUCGCAGCUCUAGAACUCAGAGUUGACGGCAUGGAUGAGACUGUAAGGAUGCCCUCAGCACCGCACCCGCAUCGUCCAAGCCCGUACGCCCAUCAACCACAACCCCAGAGCGCUGCGCCAGUAGUUACGCCCUCGGCACCCGUAUCAGGAGAAACCCUAGGUGGCAUUGUUCCCGCACCACGAUCUGGAACCAGAGCGGACACGCCUCGACUCAGGCAUGCACCCAUGCCAGUACCCCCAGGUGGACCGAACAAGCAGGCAUAUCGCCCAAUGCUGGCCGACUACUUUGGAGACAUUGAGAAAUGGGUCCAGCAAUAUGCCACGGUUCCCUUGUCGAACCUCAAUCCUAUGGAGGCGCUCUGCAAAGCCACGACCCAGCUCGUUACGCUUGUCCGAGACGACACCGCCGCGCAGCAAGUCUUGCUAGACCCGACCCUGGAACAAUUUGCUAUCUUGUCUGUGGUCAAUCAUUACAUCUGUUCGGCGGCCAUGAAAUGCGACCUCAUUGACCCUUUCUCAGCAGAGCUCAAAACUUACAAUAGUGUCCUCCGCCAACAUUGGAACGCAGCCCCCGAAUACGCUACAUGCCAGGAAAUCCUCCGUACCAGAGCCGCGCUCUACUGGGAAAUGCAAGAGGAUCCUCAAUAUCACCACUGGAGAGCCGGCUUUGUCGACGGAAUGACGAGCGACUUGAUGAGUAUUCUAGCUCCAGCAAUGCGUCAGAAGAGCAUGGAGGAGGCGCGCUCUAAACUCACACAAUUUUUCAUCCGCGCAGUCCGCAUCAGUAUCAGAAUGCGCAUGGAUCAGAUGGACUGGGCAUUCAACUUCCCGCAACAGGAAGACCCUCUCACACCAAGCAUGGUAUUCCGAAACCCAGAUGUUUCUCCGCACGAAGUCAGAGCGAACGCCCAGAGAUAUCAAGUUCUCUUUUGCAUCACUCCAAGAAUUCAGUGCGACAAGUAUCCGGCGAAUGGUCCGGUUGGUUCUGAAAUCGUUCACGGUGCUGAGGUGAUUGUGAAGAAGAUUGCAACCUCGAUCUGGGAACGGCAGGCAGCGCAGACAUGGCAGCCGCAACUAGCCGGGUACAGAGUCGCAAGAAGGCAAGAGCAAGGCAGAGAUUGAAGGUCGGACGAAAGACGAGACGUUGGAAAGACACACUUU